AUGAGGGGACUGCUGGGCAGCAGCUGGAGGAAGUUUGGCCACGCUGGCCGGGGGACGUACGAGUGGCUAACCAGCGAACCAAGCCUGCCACUUCUGGAGACCCAGCUGCAGGGCACCCAGCAGCUGAGUUCCACCCAGGCGGAUGUGGAGCCUUUCCUGUGCAUCCUGCUUCCGGCCACCAUCAUGCUCUUCUUGGCCUUCCUGCUGCUUUUCCUAUACAGACGCUGUCAGGCCCCACGGCCUCAAGGCCAGAUAUUCAGCAUCGACCUCCCAGAGUCCCCUUCUGGAGAGGUGACUGACUUCUUGCCCAGCCUACCUUGGGGCAGCGAGCAGAGUGUCCCCUACUCUCCACUGCCGGUCUUUGGGACCCUGCACUUGACCUGCCUGCCACCCUCCUAUGAAGAAGCCACGGGGAACCCUCCUGGGAUAGACAUCCUGGACACGGAGCCUCAGAAUGGAGGAGAGUCACCCUGA